CACGCAGACCAAUACCAAUACCAAUACAGGGCUGAUAAGCGAAAAGAGUAAACAGCCACAGAGUUAUCAGUAUAAUUCCACUCGUUCCAACAUAAACAUAUAAACACCCUCCGAAAUGCCAUUCUGAAACCCGGUACUAACAAGUGCAACAACCAAGUGUGAUACCAAGAAACCACCAAGUACCUACAAUUCAGCUGGAAGCCAGGGAGCCAGAAGAGCACUUCGCCGGAACCGAACCAAUUCGCCGCGUCGGACAACCAACCAACCUGUUUGCUCAGCCAUCAUAUCGCCCCGGCGUUUGUCUUCCUGAAUUUUCUGGCGUGACGUGAGGAGCGAACCACUUCCACCAUUCCACCGCAAUUGCAACUGCUCCAGCCAGCGACGACGUCGACCCAGUCACAGUUCCCCCAAGUCACAAUCCCCCACAGCGGAUACCAGGGCGCCACCGGCAGCGGGGAGAGGAGUGGGAGUGGGAGUGGGAGCGGGAGCGGAUCGGGGAGCACCAUCAAAAUGGAGCCCUACUGGAGCGAGGCGAACGGCCACGCCGCACAUCCGGUUAAGUAUGAGAGCGAAGCAGCUGUCUCCAGUUUUCCUUAUUGCACAGAAUCUAGUUUAAAUUUUUCAACAUCCGCCACGGCAUACAGCGAGGACGAUGCUGAAUAUGCCACCGGAAGACGUAAUAAAACAUCGAGGCAAGACCCACUCUCCCACCGAAUCAUCGAGAAGAGGCGCCGCGACCGGAUGAACUCCUGCCUGGCGGACCUCUCCCGGCUCAUCCCGCCCCAGUAUCAGCGCAAGGGGCGCGGCCGCAUCGAGAAGACCGAGAUCAUCGAGAUGGCCAUCCGGCACCUGAAGCACCUGCAGAGCGAGUGCCAGCAGAAGGAGAGCGACUACCGCAGCGGCUACAUGGACUGUAUGAAGGAGGCGGCCAAGUUCCUCUACGACAUCCACAUGCAGGACUUCUGCCACCGCCUCCUGGGCCGCCUCCAGGAGCACAUCGACGAGAUGUUCAAGACCGACUGCUACAAAUCGACCCGCAGCUGCCACAUGCCGGACAAUGUGAGCGCCUCCAGUGGCAGUCCCCACCAGGCGUACCACCCGCCGCUGUGCCACCUGCGGGACAUGCUAGGAGCCGCCUCGGCCUCGGACGUGGAGCACAGCCAGGACCACAACGACGUCAAGGACCUGAGCUUCCGCAACCACCUCAACCAGCUGCAGAGGAGUCAGGCGGCGGCAGCAGUGGCCGCAGCAGCCGCAGUGGCUGCCACAGCCAAUGGGGGCUCUCCAGUGGCGAGCGGGGCGUUGGACAAAAUGCCAAUGACUAACGGAGGCUCUUCCGGUGGAGGAGCAGCCGAUAAUCUGCCGAGCAACUCCGCGGCCAACGGGGCUCCUGGCGCUCCCAAUGGAAACAGCAACGGGAGCAGUGGCGCCAGCAGCAGCAGCAACGCUGCCAGUUCCACAACCCCAGCAGCCCCCGCUUCCACUUCCAAGGCCACGCCACUGGCCGCCCACCAGCAACCCCACCAGGCCCCGGUGAUCACCUCGACUGCCCCGCACCACCACCACCUCCACACCCAAGACAGCAGCCACCACGACUUCGAGUCCUCGCGGGAGCCCAUUCUGCACACAGACACCUCCAACAUGCACUCGCCGCCCCCGCGGGACCUGCUCCUGCAACAGCACCCCCACCUGGCCCACAGCCACCACACCCAGGACAGCCUGUUGUCGGUGAGGAUGCGCAACUACUCGGAGUCCUCGCACGAGGUGGAGCACAACAACAACUACAAGUACAAAAACCACAUCAAGGAGCGGUUCGUGCACGAGCUGCACGACGAGGAGACGAGCAGCGAGCACUGUCCCGUGGCACCACACCUGCAAAGCGACCAUUCCCACAUGCAGGCUCUGUCGGAGCACUCCAAGGAUGGAACGGAGCCGGAGAUCGCACCCAUCAUAGCCAAGAAGAGGAAGCUGGCGGAGGCGGCGGCAGCGGCGGCCAACGGGGAGAUCCCGCUGGAAGUCCACACCGACUCGAGCACCGCCGCUCCUAGGAUGGACAAGCCCUCGCCCUCCUCCUUCAACUUCAGCGACCUUAAGGACAUCAAGUCGGAGCUGCACAAUGGAAACUCCAACUCAAGUCCCCUCAUGGCCAAGUUGGCUGCCGGAGCCCAGCUGAGCACGCCGAGCAGCACCACGGCGCCCCUGCCCCCGCGACACUCCUUCACGGUGCCCAUCUUCGCGCUCCACGGUCAGGGCAACUACUACGUUCCCCUGAACGUGGACUACAAUGCCCUGGUGCCCUUCCUCAACGGGAUGGAUCUGCUGGAGAAGAGCUACACCAGCAUGCCGGUGGUGCACCCGAUCAACAUCAAUGUGAACUUCAUGCCCAGCACCCCGUCGGCCUCCCUGCUGGCCGCCGCAGCCGCUGCCGCCGCCGUGGCAGCCGGAAAACAGCAGCAGGCGGUGGUGGCCGUCGGGGGAGCCGGUGUGCCCCUCUCCACGAGCUCGGCAGCUGCCCAGGCAGCCGCGGCCGCCGCCGCCGCAGUGGCCAAGGCCAAGCUGGAGCAGGCCAUCAACCAGGGAUGGUAAAGUGAGGCGACGGCGUCACUAGAUGGAACAACUCUACCUCAGUACUUCUGUGAAUAAUCAUCAAAUGAUUAAUCUCAAAAACAAGAACACUAGAAAAAUGAUCGUGGGAGGUCCUUGUCCAAGGAGCCCAAGGAGUUUGUUUUCAAAUAUAAUUAGGGUGUUCUGCGUCCAAGUUAUUAAAUUUUAAAGUAAUGUUUGGAGAACAUGGUCAUGAUGAUGGAUAGGAUCCACUUGGAUUUAAAAAUAAUGAACAACUAAACCUGAACUUGUAGUCCAAAACAAUGUUUUUUUUUGUUAAUUGGCAUUUAAAUAUUAGUAUCUAUCGGCACCUAAAUUGUGUUAUAAAAUGCCCGGGGAUUCCAAAAUCUUCUCCACCAAAAAAAAACAGAGACAGCCAGGAGCCGCCUUUAAGGCCAAGCCCCUGAAAUUAAAUGAUUUCCAGUCGAUAACUAUUUUGAAAGAAGCAUAAUUGUCUAUUAUAAACUAAAUGAAUAUAGAAAAAAUGUGUAAUACGCUGUAGAAGAGCAACAACUACGAGAUGCCAAGAGUCAGUCCCACGUAAAAAUCUGAUGGAUUUUAAAAACAAAACUAAAUGUGAAUUGAAUGUAUUUUUUAGAGGUUUAACGUUUUUGCAAUUUAAAUAAGUGUUGUGGUUUCAAAUCAGGUAGUCUUUAGCCAAGUGACUCCCAUACAUAUUAACGUGUAAACAAAAUAUAUAAGUAAAGGUAUAUAUAUAGUAAACCACUAGUCAGCGAACUUGUACGAAGGCGUGAAAACAAAAACGUGAAAGCGUGAAAAAGUAAAACAAAUCAAAAGAAAAUAUUUUAAAUUCUAUGUGUAAAUACUAUUAGUGAGCCAAUGCCGUCUGUUUAAGUUUGUAUUCUAGUGACAAAUUAUCUUAAGUUGGUUGGUUGGUUGGCAUACAAAACUAUUCAUAGAAGCAAGGAGAAGAAACCAACAAAACCGAACUCUUUCUUCUGAAAAGCACCACGUUUCAUUCUCGAAAUACGGUCCCCAAUUUAGGAGUAACUGAUUACUAUUUUUAUUAUAACAUAUUAUUUACUGCCUAACACCUAAGUUAAUUGUUUCUUUGUGUUUUUGUUGAUCGAAAAAUUGAAUUAAAGAUCUAUCACUACUGUUUCCACCUGUUUCUUAAAAGGAACUCAAAUCCGGGAAGGAUUUGUGUUCUGUAGACUAAGCUUCGUUGUGGCUAAAACUAAAAGUUGGCACAAAGAUUAAUAUUGAUGUUUUAUUGGCUCUAUUAAUGUAUACUAUGGUUUACUGUACGGUAUUGUUAAUAUACGACUACGUUACUGUUUAAAAUAUUUUAUAAAUGUAUACAAAUGUAAUAAAAACUUUAAAAAUUA